CGUAUAUUCAUUAUUUUCAACAUAUAUAUAACACAAACACGUAAAAGAGAUCACAAAUUAAUCAAAACCAUGGCUUCUGCAACAUUGGUUUUCUUAAUUAUUCUCAUCUCUAUUCAUUUUUUCACUCUCACCCUUUCCCAAUUAGACUUACAGUACAAUAAUUGUUAUGUGCCAAAUGGAGGUACCUUCGAUCCUACUGGUCCUUACAAACCAAACCUUGAACAAGUUCUAAACACCCUCACCACCGAUACCACCGUAACUUCCGGGUUUUACAAUUCCUCAGCUGGGACAGGUACUAACAAAGUUUAUGCAAGAGCACUUUGUAGGCCGGACAUGUCGUCGGAAACUUGUCGUGAUUGCAUAAAUGUAACAAGGGAGAUCCUGCCAACCGUCUGCCAGAAUAAUAGAUCCGCCAUUGGAGGUUAUGAUGAUGAUAAAGAUAUUAAUUGUAUGCUACGUUAUGCAGAUUAUGACCAGUUUGGGAUAAUGGAAGAUAAAGCUGCAGCUGCUGAUUCUCCUAACAAAUAUGCAGCUGAUUUUGCAGUAGCUUCAUUUGGUCGGAUAUAUGGAUUGGUGCAGUGCACUCCAGACUUAAACGAAACUUCGUGCAAAAAUUGCCUCGAUAGUACCAUGACGCAUAUGACCGCCUGUUGUGAUACAAAACAAGGAGGAAGAGUUUAUACCCCAAGCUGUAAUUUUAGAUAUGCGCUCAACGCCGACUUCUUCAAGAGGGUGACCCGCCCUCCAAAAGAAAAGAAUCAUACUGUCAUCAUCAUUGUUAGUGUCAUUGUUUCAGUCGUUACUUUGGUGACACUUGUUGGAAUCGUAAUCUUCUUGAAACGGAAAAAAUGGGAGGAGGAAGAUGAAAAUGUAGAAGAUAUCAAACAUACAGAGUGCGUGCAAUUCGACUUGAGCACCAUUAAAACUGCCACAAAUAACUUCUCUGAUGCUAAUAAACUUGGACAAGGUGGAUUUGGUGCAGUGUACAAGGGCAUGCUUCCAGAUGGACAGGAAUUAGCAGUAAAGAGAUUGUCUACGAAUUCUAGACAAGGAGAAGAAGAAUUUAAGAAUGAGGUACUAUUGUUGGCCAAGCUUCAGCAUAGAAAUUUGGUUAGGUUACUCGGCUUUUGCUUAGAACGAAAAGAAAGGAUUCUUGUCUACGAGUUUGUGCCUAACUCAAGCCUCGAUCAUUUCAUAUUCGGUUUAACAACUCUUGUAAACUGGGAAACGCUUUAUAAAAUAAUAGGAGGAAUUGCUCGAGGUCUACUUUAUCUUCAUGAAGAUUCUAGACAUCGGAUCAUUCACCGAGAUCUUAAACCCAGUAACAUUCUAUUAGAUUCAGAGAUGAAUCCAAAAAUUGCAGAUUUUGGUUUGGCAAAAUUGAUAGAAAUGGAUCAUACACAUAAAACUACAAGUAGAGUUGCGGGGACCUAUGGGUAUAUGGCUCCAGAGUAUAUGAGUCUUGGGCGCGCCUCAGUAAAAGCAGAUGUCUUUAGCUUCGGCGUUAUGAUUUUGGAAAUUGUGAUGGGCCAAAGGCGAAGCGAGUUUGGAAGCGAAGAGGAAGUGGAGGAUCUUCUAACCUUUGCAUGGAAAAGCUGGAAAGAAGGGACGACUUUAAAUCUAAUAGCUCCUGCAUUGAGGGGAGAUUCAACAACUGAUGAAAUGCUGAAAUGCAUCCACAUUGGGCUUCUAUGCGUUCAGGAAAAUGUAAAUGACAGACCCUACAUGGCUUCAGUUGUUCACAUGCUUAACAGUGAGAUUCUCACUCUUCCUGAGCCUUCAAAACCUGGAUCGUUAAUGCAGACUACAACCAGAAGAGCUCUGAACGGAGAGACAUCAUCAUUUUUAAAACAUAAUUCUGGGUCAGCUGAACCAAAACCAACUAAGAAUGUAAGUUGUUCUGUUGACAUCACAGAAGUACAUGGUAGAUAGUGUUUCCAAUUCCAAUUGUAUUUUAACUAAAGUCUAGAUAAUUGUCUUUCAUACAAUUUUCCUUUUCUGCAAAUAUAUAUUUUCGGUUUUGGAAUUAAAUCAUUUUGUAGCCUUUUUAGAUAUUAUAAAUUAAAUAUCAAUU